AUGGGAGGAGAGGAUUCUGAACUGGUUUUUGCAAAAUCUGGCCCUACUGUAAUAUUAUUGGCUGGUCUACAAGGUGUUGGAAAGACGACUGUUAGUGCUAAGUUAGCUUUGUAUCUGAAGAAACAGGGGAAGAAUUGCAUGCUGAUUGCUGGAGAUGUGUACAGACCGGCUGCAAUUGACCAGCUUGUUAUUUUGGGUGAACAGCUUUAA